AUGGGCGGCAACACCAGCAAGGUCACCGCCCAGGACAAGGCGAUUCUCGAUCUCAAGAUCCAGCGCGACAAGCUGCAGCAGUACCAGCGACGCAUCGCCGUCCUCACCGACAAGGAGACGGACGUUGCGCGGCAGAUGCUCGCCAAGGGCGACAAGUCGCGGGCGCUGCUCGCGCUGCGGCGCAAAAAAUACCAGCAGGGCCUGCUAGCCAAGACAGACGCGCAGCUCGCGCAACUGGAGCAGCUGACGGCGAGCGUCGAGUUUGCGCAGAUUCAAAAGGACGUCGUGUUUGGGCUGCAGCAGGGGACGCGGGUGCUGCAGGAGAUUCACCGCGAAAUGGGCGGCCUUGAGCACGUGGAGAAGCUGAUGGGCGAGUCGGCCGACGCCAUCGCGUACCAGAACGAGGUGAGCGAGAUGCUGGGCGGCCGCAUCUCAAACCAGGACGAGGACGAGGUCGAGGACGAGCUGGCAGAGAUGGAGGGCCAGAUUCGGGGGCGGGCACCCGUCGGCGAGGAGGAGCAGCAGCAGCAGAGGCUGCCAGAGGUGCCGACGGGGAAGCUACCGGAGCGUGUGCCGGACAAGGAGCCGCUACAAGAAACGAGGCAGGCCAUGCUGGCAGAGUAA